CACACACUGCAGACAUAUUUUUUUCUUGUCUUCUCAUUUUAGUUCUCUUCCCCACAUCCCUCCAUAGCUGCUUCUCAACUAAUAGUAAAAUGAAUGAAUAUAGAGAUGACAAAACAGGGUGCUAUAUACAUCCAAAAGAGGUUGUUAUAGGGGUAUGUGCUCUAUGUUUGAAUCAAAAGCUUUUAGUUUUAGCUUCAAAGCAAUCAAAGUUAAAAGGCAGUGACAGCGUUUAUAGUAGCACAUACAGAAAGCCCUCUGUAUCACUCUCAAAUUUAUUUGCUCUGAGUAGUCUCCUCAAUAGGCUUGAUUUUGGACAGCAUAAAUCCCAGCCUUAUUUCAGUUCCUCUACAAGUCAAGAAGAUUCCUUCAUAUCAAUCAAGUUUGAAAACAAUGGUGUUCCUUCAUGGGAUAAGGAUCCAAUCUCCAAAAUAUCACUUGGCCAGCAAUGUGACAUGUCUUUGAAUCACGACUUGAGCAAGGUCAAGAAGAUCAAGAGUGUAGUCGAACACUCGAAACUGCAUCCGAUGCUGAGGUGGCAAAAGCGGAUUGGACAUCUAUUCCAGCUCAUCAGAUGGAAGAAGUCAAGUAAAGGUCAUGUGAGCAUAAAGUUAAAAGGAGUAAAGAUUAAACAUGGAUGGAUAAGAAGUCUGACAAGAAAGAGGACCAAAGAAUAAAGGGACUUUGUGCAGAAAGAGACCCUUGAGCUUUUCCUCCACUACGUGCACAUUUUACCUGUUGGGCCUGCUUCUAAGUGUGAAUUUAAAGCAAUCAUAUAUAUAUAUAUAUAUAUAUAUUAUGUACAUGCAUUUGAGACGCUUCUUGCUCUAAAAAAGAAGAAAGAUUUAUCGAAAAUUGACAAGUGAGUUGGUCCAACAGCCAUUUUCCUCUCUCUAAAGUAUCUUUUCAAUUCCAUAUAGCUCAUUCUUUUUUGGGGUCUACAUAUGUGUGUAUAUGCAUAAAGAUUUACUUUGUAAAGUGUUUUAGAACAAGAAUGAGUGGACACUUUUUGUCUAAAAAGUGAGCAAUUUGAAGCUCCAAACAUUAGAAAGGUAGUAAAGAACAUUUUAAAAACCAUGUAUUAGGCAAUUCUGCAAAGAAAGAAGACAUAAGCCCAUUUUUGAUGCUCCAAGCAAGGUAACAUUAAAACACAAAGGCCAUAUUAUUCUGCAAAAUCUUGUCAUUUUGUUGCCUUUAGGAAGGGGAAAAUAACCAGCCUUUCUUUCUAGAGCAAUUGAAUUAUUAUCAGUUUAUGGGCUAAUAUAUGUUGAACCACUUUGUCUUAAAAAAUUAUUAGAGACGAGAUGAAUUUAUCUA